CAAAUUUCUAGAAUAGAACUGAUAGAUUUCCAAUAAUGUCCCUGCCAUAUUUUCUCCAAGAGAUUGUGAAUGUGAAACGAGGACCUCUCCUUUUCUACCUUCAUCAUCAUUUCCUCAAUGUCUCCCAAAAAGGAAGUAUAUUAAAACUUGGAAGCUUUGAGCCACCUGUUUUCGUUUCUUUGGUCCUCCAAUCCAAUCAAAUCCAAAACUAAAACCAAACCCAAUACAGCUUGCUCUGCCUCUGUAUUCUCCUAUUUGACCCAGAUUAUCAAUUCCUUCCCUUCCCAAUUCUGAUCAUUUGGUCAACUACCGUCUGGUCUCCUAUAAAUAUGGCGCUUCACUCAGCCACUCAUUCCUCAAAUUCAUUCUCGUUCUUCUUAUUCUCUUCUGUUGUCGUUGUCGUACGCUUUUCUUCCCUGCUCUCACUUUGAUCGCUUUCCCUUAACAAAAGCCUCGCCAUACCGUACGUGUUCUCCGGGUCGGGUUUUGUCGGGUCCGGAUGGGGUCUAAUUCAGUUAUUGAUCAGAAGCACAAGGUUGUGGUUGGUGAAGGAGGUUAUGUACUUGAAGAUGUGCCUCAUUUUUCUGAUUAUAUCCCCGAUCUUCCUACCCAUUCAAAUCAAUUGCAAGACAAUCCGGCAUACUCUGUUGUGAAGCAAUACUUUGUGAAUGAAGAUGAUACUGUUACUCAAAAGAUUGUUGUGCACAAAAAGAGUCCAAAAGGAAUACAUUUCCGGCGAGCGGGACCCCGUCAAAAGGUUUGGUUUGAAUCGGAUGAGGUUCAUGCUUGUAUAGUCACAUGUGGGGGUCUAUGUCCUGGUCUCAACACUGUCAUUAGAGAAAUCGUUUGUGGGCUGCAUUACAUGUAUGGAGUCAAAACAGUCGAGGGUAUUGAUGGAGGAUACAGAGGCUUCUAUGCUCGAAAUACCAUAUCCUUAAAUCCUAAGAUAGUGAAUGAUAUUCAUAAACGUGGAGGAACUAUUCUUGGCACAUCUCGAGGUGGCCAUGAUACCUCAAAAAUUGUUGACAGCAUUCAAGAUCGAGGAAUUAAUCAGGUUUAUAUAAUUGGAGGAGAUGGAACACAGAGGGGAGCAUCUGUAAUAUUUGAGGAAAUCAAAAGGCGUGGUCUUAAAGUUUCAGUUGCAGGGAUUCCGAAAACCAUUGAUAAUGAUAUUCCGGUUAUAGACAGGUCUUUUGGGUUUGACACUGCUGUUGAGGAGGCUCAACGUGCAAUUAAUGCAGCACAUGUUGAAGCAUGUAGCAUUGAGAAUGGCAUUGGUGUUGUGAAGUUAAUGGGCCGUUACAGUGGGUUUAUAGCUAUGUAUGCAACUCUUGCAAGCCGAGAUGUAGAUUGUUGCUUGAUACCAGAAUCACCCUUCUAUCUUGAAGGCCCUGGUGGACUUUUCGAAUACAUCGAAAAACGACUCAAAGAAAAUGGGCAUUUGGUUCUUGUCAUAGCAGAAGGAGCUGGGCAAGAGCUUCUCUCUGAAAGCAUUCCCGCAGAGAAAGAGGAUGCUUCAGGCAACAAGCUUCUCAAGGACGUUGGCCUAUGGAUUUCCCAGAAAAUCAAGGAUCAUUUUGCUAAACUAAAGAAGAUGGCUAUAAACCUCAAAUACAUAGACCCUACGUACAUGAUCCGAGCUGUUCCUAGCAAUGCCUCUGAUAAUGUUUACUGCACACUUCUUGCUCAAAGUGCUGUUCAUGGAGCAAUGGCAGGUUACACUGGUUUUACAGUUGGGCCUGUCAAUGGAAGACAUUCUUACAUUCCUUUCUAUAGAAUCACUGAGAGACAAAACAAUGUGGUAAUAACUGAUAGAAUGUGGGCUAGGCUUCUAUCUUCAACCAACCAGCCAAGCUUCUUGAGUUCCAAAGAUGUUGAGGAUAGAAGGGGGCAAGACUGUCAAGCUACGGAUGAAGAAAUUUUUUCAGAAGAUAUUUUGGUGAAUAAAGGAAUUAGUUUCAUGUAAUUUAGAUCAGUAAGUAUAGAGACCAUAAUAUGGUAAUGCUCUGAUAAAUAAGUUGCAUUUCAUUUUUAUGUAUAUGGGUGCAAAUUG